AUGAAGGCAAGGUUUGACGUUCUCAUGUCUCGGUUGCAGAAGAGUACGAGGAGCGAGAGCAAGGAUAUCAAGACGCGUAUGGACGACUUCAAGGCCUCUGAAACAAUUCGAAAAGAUGUAUGCCGACGAAAACUGGAAGGGUUCGAAAACUCGGGUAUGUUGCUGCGGAAAAAGGCGUUGGGAGAGCUUGAACGCAGCAGCCAAGAAGAGGCUGGCACACAAAAACGGGAGAAACGUAAAGCUACUGCAACAUCGAUCGACAUGAACAACCUCAUUCAUGCAAUUCAAGCAGGAAUUGAUGACAAGCGCCGCCGAGAAGAGCUCAUUACUGAGCAAACAGCAGCAAGAUUAGAGUUUGAUCGCAAACAAGCUGCCCUUCGUGCCGAACAACACCACGCUAAUUAG